AUGAGAAAGAAAGAAACGUUCAAAGAAGCAGAUCGAGCAAAGAAGCGUACACAUACCGCGACAGGAAUAAGUUCUUUCAUGAAUCAUGAAGAGAGGCAGGAAAUGAGAAAACUUCAUUCACUGAUACAACUCAAUCAAUUUAGAGAGGUCAACAUAAAACUUCAAACAUGCAAAAGUCAUACGUCUCUUGAUCGUCGACAUUAA